UACAACAGGUGUACUAGACCUUACAGUGAAAUGCUUACUUUCAAGCCCUUAACCAACAAUGCAGUUUUAAGAAAAUCCCCCAAAAGUAUGGUGUCCAGUCUGAGCGAGUGGUUCUGGAAUGAGCGGCUGUGGUUCCCUGAGGGGCUGGGUUGGGCUGACCUGGAGGACAAAGAUGGCCGUGUCUACGCCAAGGCCAGCGACCUUUGGGUGGUGCUACCCAUCGCCCUAGCCUUCUCUUUCCCUCAUCUGUCUAAUCUGUUAGUGGCCACCCCACUGGCUGCUGUCAUGGGGGUGAAGGAGAAAGUUCGCCUCAUAGUCUCACACAACCCCACACUGGAGUCCUUCUACUGUAACACAACCAAGAACCCCUCACAGAGUUCUAUAGACAGUCUGUGUAAGCAGACAGGUUGUUCAGAGAGACAGGUGCAGGGAUGGUUCAGGAGACGCAGGAACCAGGACCGACCCAGUCUACUGAAGAAGUUCAAAGAGGCCAGUUGGAGAUUCACCUUUUACCUUCUUGCUUUCAUUGCUGGCCUGGCUUCCCUCAUUGACAAACCCUGGCUGUAUGACUUUAAGGAGAUGUGGCAGGGCUUCCCUAUUCUGACUCUCCUGCCGUCUCAGUAUUGGUACUAUAUGAUAGAGCUGGGUUUCUACGUCUCUCUAAUCUUCAGUGUGGCGUCAGACGUCAAACGGAAAGACUUUAAGGAGCAGAUGGUUCACCAUAUGGCCACCAUCUUCCUCAUCAGUUUCUCCUGGUGUGUCAACUACAUCAGAGCGGGUACGCUCAUCAUGCUGCUGCACGACUCCUCUGACUAUUUACUCGAGUCCGCUAAGAUAUUCAUCUAUGCUGGAUGGAGAAACACCAGUAACUACGUCUUCUUCCUCUUCGCUGCCGUCUUCAUCUUCACUAGACUCUAUAUCUUCCCCUUCUACAUCAUUUAUUCUACGUACAUUUAUCCGAUGACUAUGUACUCUCCGUUCUUUGGAUACUACUUCCUGAAUUUACUUAUGAUGGUGCUGCAGUGUCUCCAUAUCUUCUGGGCCAUCCUCAUUCUGCGUAUGGCCGUCCGCUUCCUGAGCAGCGAUGAAAAGGUGGAGGACGAGAGGAGCGAUAAAGAAGAGACUGACGAGUCAGGGGAAGAAGAGGAGGGGGUGGAGAAGAAAGGUGCGGUGCAGAAUGGUCACGCCGCUCACAACAACCACCGCAAGACGGAGUAAUGAAAACGUGUGCCAGGAAGUAAGAGUGUGAAGAAUUCACAUCCCUCACUCAGCAGAGUGGGAGAGCUGGAGGGAAGGGGAAAGGGAGAGAUGGAGGGAAGGGGAAAGUGAGAGAUGAAGGGGAAAGUGAGAGAUGGAGGGAAGGGGAAAGGGAGAGAUGGAGAGAAGGGGAAAGUGAGAGAUGGGGAAAGGGGAAAGGGAGAGAUGGAGAGAAGGGGAAAGUGAGAGAUGGAGGGAAGGGGAAAGGGAGAGAUGGAGAGAAGAGGAAAGGGAGAGAGUGGUAGGGAAAAUGGACGAAGGAGAAGGAAAGGCAUUCCUAAAGCCUGAGAACUACAGGUAGACCUGUACCUGUGGUUAGAUACACUGUUCUACAUUAUAAACACUCAAUCACACACACAAUUUUGGAUAUACUACAUUAAUUGGCAUGGACCUGUUAUUAUAGUCCAUUAAUAACACACACACACGGGUAAUUCUCACAUUUUUCACAAAAUGUCCUCUUGAAUAACAGAUUAGGAUCUAUACGUAUCUAUUUCAUAAUUAUUAUUCGUUUUUUUUAAAUCAGAUAUUAUACUAACAUUUUCAUAAAAUUCUCAUUCGUUUUUGUCCAAAAAAGUUAUAAAUCAAUAUUUAUAUAUUUUUUUAACAUUGCUUCCCUAAUGAAAAUGCCUGAGACAAAUCAUUUUAAAUUACAAUUAUUAUCAAAUGAAAAUCAGACUUUUUCCCAAUUUGAGCUCUUUAGCUGUUUUCUAAAGGACUACUCUAGAUGAUGCAUCAUGGGUGAAGAAAUGUUUAUUGAAAAACUGGAGUUUUAUAGGAACUUGAAAAAAAUGGUAAUGAGACAUAUCCACAGACACUGCUUGUAUGUAAUAAAUAUUAUAGUUUAAUGUAAACUUCAACUAGUAUACAAUUUUUAUAAUUUAUGGAGAAACUACAGUAACAUAUUUUGUUUUAUUUAAAUAAGUUAGGUUUUUCUAAAUAUGUAUUUUUAUAAAAUUACCAUGAUUUUAAUCAGGAGGCAUUUCAGUAAUGAAAACGCAUUUUUAUUCUUUUUACAUGACAUUUUCCCCUAAAACUAGACAUCUUAGUCCUAAGAAUGAUAGUUGAUUUUUGCAGAUGCAUCAUAGUUUUGUAACUCAAUUUGUUCCAGACAUUUUAAAGCUGUUUUCAUGAGAAUACCUCCCCACACACACACACACACACACACACACACAAGUUAAGAAAUAGCAUUGGGAACGUCUGUGUGAUUUCAGUCCCUCUAAAAGAGUGUUCAAAAUGAUGUGAAUGGAAGAGAGGACAGAAUGAUGAGAAUGAAGGGAAGAAGAGAAGAAAGGGGAGAAGAGAAGGAAGAAGAGAAGAGAAGAAAGGGGAGAAGGAAGAAGAGAAGAAAGGGGAGAAGAGAAGGAAGAAGAGAAGAAAGGGGAGAAGAGAAGGAAGGGGAGAAGAGAAGAAAGGGGAGAAGGAAGAAGAGAAGAAAGGGGAGAAAGUGUGAUGCUGCUUCUAGUAUGGCUCUUCUUACUGUACUCAUGUGCCUUACAGCCAGACUAUGGUGCUUUUACCUUGUUCUUUUAUUUUUCACUCACCUUGUUGUUGCUCAACCUGCUAUAAGCAUGUUUUGUCCAUGUGCCUUUAUGUCCAAUACUCCAGUUGCCAUGAAAGACAGACUUUAGAAAAGAGACACAACAAGAUUUAACCUGACACACAAAUACACAAUCAUGUGAAUGUGUCCUUGUGUGAAUGUUGAUUUGGGGCUGACAUACAGAUUCGCCGGCCCUGGUUUUUAUGAUUCUAUGCAAUUGUGUUUUUUUCUGCUCAGCUCCUGUAGUGCAUCUGAAUGGGCGUUGUUUGGGACACCUCUAAGCUUGUAGAAGCCAUGCAGUAAGAUAGUGAGGGAGUCUGGUUGUCUCCCUCACUGGUAGCAUGGGUUUAAAUACUGCAAUGUAUGGACCUUGAUUUGAGGGCCUGUUAAUAAACUGCUUUAUUGAAUGGUUAAUAAACAAUGUAAUAUUGUGAAUAACUGGCUCAUAAACGAUGUAAUCAUGUUUAUAAGCAGCUUAUAAGCAGUCCUUCAAACAAAGUGUUAAAUCGUUUUGGGGAGUAUAUUGAGAUUCUGCUGAUUCUGAAUGAUGCUCUCCUUUCUCUGCUGAUGUCAUGUUUAUGUGCCAGUGGUAACGCUCUGUCUGUAGACACUCUCCGUUGACAUCGGAGAGGAAAAUACUUGUUAUCAAACAGUUUUACACAGGCAGAACUUUAUUUUCAGUAUAUUUCAAAAGUUUUUGCAAAACAAAAAUUGCCAUUGUAAAUGUAAAGGCAAAAAACAACAGUCCAGCCAGUCAGGAUCCCAAAUAGAAUGUCAAUCAUUCAGAUUUUUUUUUAAGCAAUAUUUGAACUGUUAGACCAGUUAAGACCAGUAUGGACCAGUUGUGGUUUCAUUCCAGUGUGGUAUGACGCAUGUCAUCGACUAGAGAUGCAUUCAACUCCGCUAACGAUUAUGAAGCUCCCAACUCUGAGCGCCCACCAACAAUCCAAUUCACCAAGAAUGUUCGACAACAGGAGCGAACUGUUCUAUUCUAUUGAAAACACUUGAUUGUGUACUAUUUCUUCCAACAAUGACCCUGUAAGGGCUAAAGUUUUCUGCAAAUGUUUGCAGAGUUGAAUGCCAGUCUGGUUUGGUCCAGUCCAAUCUGUUUCUGGGCACAAUGAUCCAGUAGAAUCCUGACCCACACUGAUGAUAUCAUGCAUCAUGAUGGAUAUUCAUCGGGGGCCUGGAUUGGUUGGUCAGAACAGGACAUUUCUUCUCAGGAGACUGGAAAGGGCCAUUGUAAUUGAUGCUUUAUUUAGGGCAGAUUUGUUAGGCCAUACUGCCCCGGAUUAGAUCAUUCCGUGUGUGUGGUAUGUGUUUUUCUGUUAUUCUAGAGUGAUUUGAGGUAUUAUUCCUUUGAGAAACAGGUUUACAGUCAUGUUUCAUGUUUGACAUCAUUGUUUCAGAAAAGUUCAGAUUUUUCUUGAGUUUGGAUUUUAGCAACUCAAUUGCUGAGUAAGCAAAAGUAUGAUACAUGGAACAAUGGAAGUGUUGUAUUUUUAUCAUUAUAUAUUUUCAAUUGUUGUUGUAUGUUAAGUGCCUUAUCUGUAAUGUAUGGGAUAGCCUACCCUCUCACCUUUCUACCUUCUUCAGCUCCUCUCAUCCUCAUUCAUCCUUUCUCCCUCUUUCUUUAGCUUCUUAUUGUUCACUACUCCUUCUACUCAUCCAUCUCCUCCCUCAUUCUGAGAUCCUCCCCUCUCACCUUUCUACCUUCUUCAGCUCCUCUCAUCCUCAUUCAUCCUUUCUCCCUCUUUCUUUAGCUUCUUAUUGUUCACUACUCCUUCUACUCAUCCAUCUCCUCCCUCAUUCUGAGAUCCUCCCCUCUCACCUUUCUACCUUCUUCAGCUCCUCUCAUCCUCAUUCAUCCUUUCUCCCUCUUUCUUUAGCUUCUUAUUGUUCACUACUCCUUCUACUCAUCCAUCUCCUCCUCAUUCUGAGAUCCUCCCCUCUCACCUUUCUACCUUCUUCAGCUCCUCUCAUCCUCAUUCAUCCUUUCUCCCUCUUUCUUUAGCUUCUUAUCGUUCGCCACUCCUUCUACUCAUCCAUCUCCUCCCUCAUUCUGAGAUCCUCCCCUCUCACCUUUCUACCUUCUUCAGCUCCUCUCAUCCUCAUUCAUCCUUUCUCCCUCUUUCUUUAGCUUCUUAUCGUUCGCCACUCCUUCUACUCAUCCAUCUCCUCCCUCAUUCUGAGAUCCUCCCCUCACAGCCUUUCACAUCCCCAUUCCAACCCUCGUUCAUUUGUACUAACCUUGACCAAUCUUCCUCUCUUCCCCCGUCGCUUUGGAAAAACAACAGUCACGUAAUUACAGUGUUAUUUUUUUGUGUGUAUUAUGAUGCUUAAGUAUUAUCAUUAAUAAUAAAAACAACGAUCAUGAAUCACUACGCCAAA